AUGCAUCUAACUACAGAGGCGAAAAUAGAGCUGGGACUGAAGGAGCAGGGGACCGACAAUCCCGCAUUUGGGGGAAAAGACAGUGAUGAACAGCCACAGCUGACAGUUAACAUCGGGGAACCACACACAGAGGCCCUGGAGGAGACUGUGGACAAAGGUGUUGAUUUGGUUUAUUCCCUCAAUGACAGGCCGCCAUGGUACCUCUGCAUUCUGCUUGGCUUCCAGCAUUACAUCCUUGCAUUCGGUGGCAUCAUUGCAGUCCCACUGAUCCUGGCUGAGCCCCUCUGCAUAAAGGACAACAAUGCAGCCAAAAGCCAGCUCAUAUCCACCAUCUUUUUUGUUUCGGGGUUAUGCACGCUUCUGCAAACAGCAGUUGGCACCAGGUUACCAAUCCUCCAGGGGGGGACCUUCAGUUUCAUCACUCCAACCCUGGCCAUUCUUGCUCUGCCUAAGUGGCAGUGCCCAGCCCCAAAUGCACCAAUUAUGGUAUCCACAGAGCUGCAGAAUGCAACCAGCCCGCUACAAAUGGAAAAUUCUGAUGAGAUCUGGAUGUCACGAAUGCGUGAGAUCCAGGGAGCCAUCCUGGUGUCGUCUCUGCUCCAGAUUUUCCUAGGGUUUUCUGGGAUGGUGGGCUUUGUACUCAAAUAUAUCGGCCCGCUGGCUAUCGCUCCCACCAUCAACCUUAUUGGCCUGUCGCUGUUCAUUGAGGCUGGCAAGAAGUCUGGAGGCCACUGGGGAAUAGCGGCUCUCACGGUCUGUCUUAUCCUCCUGUUUUCUCAGUAUCUCAGCAAAGUGGAUGUUCCAAUGAUUGCUUACAAGGAUAAGAAGUGGAAGGUUUUCCAAUAUCCGCUCUUCAAGCUAUUCUCUGCUUUGUUCGGGAUGUGUGGCGGGUGGCUGGUCUGCUUCUUAUUGACCAUCUUUGAUGUCCUGCCUUCAAAGUCUGAUGAGUACGGCUACUCAGCCAGGACUGACAUCAGCCUGGAGGCUGUGACAAAUUCCCCUUGGUUCCAUGUACCUUACCCAGGUCAAUGGGGUCUGCCUACAGUGAGUGUGUCUUCAGUGUUGGGUAUGAUGGCUGGCGUCUUGGCAUCCACCAUGGAAUCCAUCGGUGACUACUAUGCUUGUGCUCGUCUGUCCGGUGCCCCUCCUCCUCCAACUCAUGCCAUCAACAGAGGCAUUGCUGUGGAGGGCAUUGGCUGCAUCCUGGCUGCUUUGUGGGGAACUGGAAAUGGCACUACAUCUUACAGCCAGAACAUUGCUGCACUUGGCAUUACCAAGGUCGGCAGCAGAUUGGUCAUCCAGACGACUGGCAUUCUGAUGAUCGUCCUGGGAAUCUUUGGGAAGUUUGGAGCAGUUUUUAUCACCAUUCCCGAUCCGGUUAUUGGAGGCAUGUUCCUGGUUAUGUUUGGAAUGAUUGCAGCAGUGGGGAUAUCCAACCUCCAGUAUGUGGACCUUAACUCGUCCCGUAACCUCCUCAUCCUUGGUUUCUCUACAUUCAGCGGCCUUGUCUUACCUACCUGGUUUCAUUCCAAUCCUGGCAUCAUUGACACAGGAAUAAAAGAGCUGGACCAAGUGAUUGUAGUGCUCUUCACCACACACAUGUUCAUCGGAGGGUUCUUUGGGUUUAUCUUGGACAACACCAUUCCAGGCACUGACAAAGAGAGAGGCAUCAAGAACUGGCAGGACAAGGUGCAAGAAGAAUGCAAAAACAUGUGUGAUCAAUCGUGCUAUGAUAUCCCUUUCUGCAAUGGCAUUUUGAAACGGUUUAGAUGUUUUAAGUAUCUGCCCUUCCUCCCUUCUUAUAAGACCACCCACUUGGGAUCAUAA